AUGAAACCUAUUGUGACAUCGUCGAAGGUUGAUAAAGACGAUAUUACUGAAGAGCUUGAGAAAGCUCCAUCACAGCUUGCUAGAGUUUAUGUAGAGUCGGCUCCUUUCCCCUAUCGAUUGGCAAAGGCUAGAAUAGAGAAGAAGUACGGGAAGUUUCUUGAGCUAUUGAAAGAUGUUCAUCAUAAAAUCCCGUUCCUUGAGGCCAUUUGCGAAAUCCCUGCCUAUGCUAAGUCCUUGAAGCAACUUCUGGCUAAGAAGAAGAAGAUUUGUGAAGCUACUACAGUGGAGCUCUCCGAGGAGUGUAGUGCCAUCCUUCUUAAUACACUCCCUCCAAAGCUUAAUGAUCCUGAAAACUUCACCAUUCCAUGUUCCAUUGGGGAUGUAACUAUUCAAAGGGCCCUUUGUGAUCUUGGAGCCAGCGUAAGUCUCAUGCCUAAUGAUAUCUUCAAAAAGCUCAAUUUUGGUGAUUUUCGCCCUACUCGUGUCUCCCUACAACUAGCAGAUCGAUCUAUACGAUAUCCUUUGGGUGUUUUAGAGGAUGGACCCCUCCAAGUUGGCAAGUUAACUAUCCCAUGCGAUUUCUUUGUUAUGGAGAUGCCAGAAGACUCCUAUUAUACUAGGUAG